AUAAAGGGGUCCAUUAAAAUGAGUUUACUGUACCUCAUCUUUCUCUUUCAUAGUUCUAUUCUCACUUCUUGCUCCUUCCACCUUUCAGUAGGUUUUGCUCCCUCAGUUAAAUCGUGAGUGUUUUAAGUAUGAGUUACAACUGAAGCUACAUUGGAAUUAUUGAACUGUGUUAUUGUGGUGAAGAGGAGACGUGUAGCAACCUUUCCCACUGUGUGAACAACACGUCUCAGCCAUGGAUCAGUCAAACAAUGGGCUGCCCCCUUAUGCACAAGGAUUAUCAUCACCACAAGGUAUCAUGACACCCGGAAACACAAUAUUUAGUCCGAUGAUGCCAUAUGGCACUGGCUUGACUCCACAGCCUGUCCAAAGCUCGAAUAGCAUAUCUCUCUUGGAAGAACAGCAACGACAGCAGCAACAAGCAGCACAGCAGUCCACAACAUCUCAACUAACAACACAAGUUUCUACCAAUCAGCCACCGCAGCUCUUUCAUUCACAGACAAUGACCACCACUAAUUUACCAGGCAUCACAUCUCAUUAUGCUUCUCCAAUGACUCCCAUGACGCCCGUAACUCCAGCUACUCCUGCUUCUGAGAGUUCAGGAAUUGUACCACAACUACAAAAUAUCGUGUCCACAGUCAAUUUAGGUUGCAAACUGGAUCUGAAGACGAUAGCUCUCCGAGCAAGAAAUGCUGAGUAUAACCCAAAACGUUUUGCUGCUGUCAUCAUGAGAAUUCGGGAGCCUCGUACAACUGCACUUAUUUUCAGCUCCGGGAAAAUGGUGUGUACUGGCGCAAAGAGUGAAGAACAGUCACGGUUGGCUGCAAGGAAAUAUGCCAGAGUUGUACAAAAGUUGGGAUUUCCAGCGAAAUUUCUGGAUUUUAAAAUUCAGAACAUGGUAGGCAGUUGUGAUGUGAAAUUUCCAAUUCGACUAGAAGGGCUGGUGCUCACUCAUCAGCAAUUCAGCAGUUAUGAACCAGAGCUGUUUCCUGGGUUAAUCUACCGAAUGAUCAAACCAAGAAUUGUGUUACUAAUAUUUGUGUCUGGAAAAGUUGUAUUGACAGGUGCUAAAGUUCGUGGGGAAAUCUAUGAAGCUUUUGAAAAUAUCUAUCCGAUUUUGAAAGGUUUCAGGAAGACAACAUAACUUUAUUCUCAAGUACAUUCUACUUUGAAGGACUGUUUCUAUUCCCUGUUGACUUGUAUAGCCUGUACAGUUGAAGGUGUUUCCUGCUGGUAUUCCAAUUUACCACAUUUACAUUGAGUGAUUCAGACUUUAUGCAAUGAUCUUGGAGUAAAAAUCAGUAUCUUUUAUCUACGGUACCAAUCUAGUCACCCUGUGACAGCAGUUUUUUUGUUCAAAAUCAUUGUCAGGACCCGAGUUCUGUAUUACUUGGAAUUUUAUCAACCAAUCGAACAUUUUGUUUUGCAUGUUAUUUAUAUUGAACUUUUUAUAAAACGUCAGCCAUGUAAAUGUAUCUUAAAAUAUUUGAAGUUUAAUUUUUAAUUAAAUUUUACUUGAAACUAUUGCUUUUUCAAGCAUGAUCAAAAAAUGUGUUCUGAAUUGUCAAGCAAUUUACAACUGAGAUUUUUAGAUUAAACUUUUUUCGCCAAUCAAUACAUUAGUAAAAUUUACUAAUGACAAGCUUGUGUCGAGACAGACUAUUUUAUGUGGUGACAAUAGCUUCAGUCAAAAAUUGCUCAACUAAGUAUGAUAAGUAAACGUUGUUUUUCCAUCAAGGGAUGAUGUGUUCAAACGUUUGGUCAUCCACCUUUUGUAGGUGGUGUAUUUGCUGAGGAGUACUCUGUUCUCUAAGAGAGACUUGGUGGCAUACUUGAGUGUUCACCAAAGAUCCAAUGGCAUUAUUUCAGAAAGGCAGGACGGUUCUCUGCUGCACUGGUCAACCAAUACCUAUAAAUAAAUUGGCUGUUCAUUGUUACAUUAUUAUUAAUGGGAGUGGCUGUAUGUAAAUUGCCUGCAACAAUAUGUCAUUUCAGGUAUUGCAUUGACUGUAAAAACGCUUUAUGGUUUCCGAAAGUAAAAUCAAGAUUUUUAUAAAAA